AACUUCCACAAAUGAAGAAGAAAAGAAUAAAGUAUCAUAAUGUUACUUUAACAUAACGAUUAACGAACAUACACGUAUCUAUAUAUAACCAAACCAAACCACAUAUCUAUCUACAAUAACGACGUCAAUCUACAUUGUCGUUUCUUUAGAUAUACAAAUGGAAUUGGAAAUAACGGCAAUAGCAGAUCACGGCAUAUUAGGGUUGUCAUCAGAGAGUUUCAGAGCUUUGGAGUUGGAUGAAUUUGGGAAAACGACAUCAUCAUCAUCAUCAGAAACUACUAUUCCCCAAGCUUUAGUGGUGAUUGGUUGUGUGCUUGAGAAAUGGAUUAGGAAGAACGAAAGGGUGAUAAUAAGGGCAUCGAGAUUGAAAGAUGAGGAGGCCAUUUCGAUCUUCCAUGGGUCCAAAGCACCCAGGUUAAGCCUACGACAGUAUCUGGAACGCGUUUUGAAGUACUCAAAGUGUAGCACUUCCUGCUUCGUGGUGGCCUAUAUAUACAUACACAGAUAUUUUCACAAUCGCCCUCACUUUUCACUCACUUCUCUUAACGUUCACCGCCUCUUCAUCACCGCACUUAUGGUCGCUGCUAAAUUCCUCGACGAUGACUGCGACAACAAUGCGUACUAUGCACGAGUGGGUGGUGUGAGCACAGAGGAAAUGAACGAGUUAGAGAUAGAGUUUCUGUUCAGCCUAGACUUUAAACUUCAGGUACCUAUCCGACUCUUUGAGAGUUACUGUAAGUAUCUUGAAAAGAAAGGAGGGAACAGCAGCGGCAGUGGCAAGUACCGGACCGAUCACCAUAGUAGUGCCCGUCAUCGGAGAAGGAUAGUGAUAGGGUAAAUGUGUAAAGGAAGAGACAGAAAGUUCUGAGAUCAAAUUGCCAAGGAAAAUGAAAAUCACUACCAAUUUAAUUUGAUAUGUGCUUUAUAUAACCAUGUGGCAUAAAAAUAUUCGAUCAAGCAAAAUUGGUAUCAGCUAAAUCCACCUACAAGAAAUCCUUAAAUCA